AUGAAUGAAUCGAUUGUAAUAAUUUCAAAUGGAACGGGUGGGGGAAUUGGUAAACAACGACAAGCACGUCAUUCAAACUGGUCUAGUUUAGGCAGUUUAAAUAGUUUUGGAGAGUCUGUACAUCAAUCAACUACCACUCCACCAUCGUCACAAGAUCUAAAACAAAAUGGUAUUAAUAGUAGUCAACGAGAAACAUUACAUAGUAGAUUUGAAUUUAAACAAACAUUAGGAAAGGGGACAUAUGGAAAAGUGAAAUUAGCACUUGAUAAAAGAAAAAAUGAACAGGUGGCAAUCAAAACAAUUAAAAAGUCACGUAUAGAAAAUCCACAUGAUUUAGCCAGAAUUCGUCGGGAAAUUGAUUUUAUGACCGGACUUAAUCAUCCACAUAUAAUUAAAAUCAAAGAAGUGUAUGAAAGUCGAGAAAAAAUUAUUCUUGUUAUCGAGUAUGCUAGUGGUGGUGAAUUGUAUGAUUAUUUAAAUCGAAUGAAGCGAAUACCCGAAGCAGAAGCACGAGCAAUAUUUCGACAAAUUGUAUCAGCCGUUCAUUUUCUUCACAAAGUAAACCAAAUUGUGCAUCGAGAUCUUAAAUUAGAGAAUAUAUUAAUCGAUCAUAAUGGGGACAUAAAGUUGGCCGAUUUUGGUCUUAGCAAUAGUUGGUCUCCUCGACGACUUCUGCAUACAUUUUGUGGAUCGCCAUUAUACGCAUCGCCCGAAAUCGUCAGUGGCAUACCUUAUUACGGUCCAGAAGUUGACUGUUGGUCAUUAGGAGUUUUACUUUAUACUCUUGUUUAUGGAUCAAUGCCAUUUCAAGGCGGUGAUUAUAAUCGUCUUGUUCGUAAUAUUACAUCAGGUGAAUUUAUCCAACCUCGAGAACAAUCAGGAGCUCUCGGUUUAAUACGUAAAUGUUUGACAGUAAUACCGUCAAAACGUUCUACUGUCGAUGAUAUAGCUGAAAAUUGGUGGAUUAAUCUUGGCUAUAAAUGCCCGCCCGUCUAUUUUCACAACUAUACACCACGUAAAAAUGGUGUGCAAACCCUCCAUUUCGAACCUGCUGCAGCAUCUAAUUCAGUACCAAUACAGUCAGAACAACCGUCCCAUCAAAUAUCAGUGGAUCCAUCUAUUCACAUCAAUGGUAAUAUCUCUUCCACUGGACCAUCAUCAAAAGCUAAUUCCAUUAUCAACAAUCAUUUACCACAAAACAAUUCGAACUAUUCAAAUUCUAUACGAAACCAUUACCAUAGUACUACAACGACAACGAACAGUACCUUACCUAUCUCAAACUAUAGUAGUAGUAAUACUAAUGCAAAACCAAACUACUUUACACGACGAACUGUUAGUGAGAGAACUGGGAUAAGGGAUCGUGCAUUACCAUUAAUCCAACUUUGUCUUAUGCCCGAUGCAAGUUUAAGAGCAACAACAAAAGACAUCAUGAGACACAAUUGGUUUUGCACGGGUCCCGUAUUAUCAUUACGUUCACAUUCGUCAAUUACUUCUUCGGAUAAAAUUCGUUAUCGUAAUUCAAUAGCAGCACCGCCAACAGUAAUUUCACAUAGUUCACCUGAUCAAACGUCAAUACCACCAUCAUCGCCGACAAAAAACUAUUUACGACCAGUAACUGAUCAGAAUGUCAUCAACGAUGAUCAUCGUUACCAGCUUCGAACGCCACCAUCUUCUGUGAAUAAUCGUCAUUCACCAAAACAUCUGGCUGAUAUACCGAUAUUAACAGCCAAUGAUAGUUCACCUCUUACACCAGUUAGUCCAGCCGAUUCUAAUUCGCUAGUUGAGUUGGAACUGAAUACCAGUUCAUUCUUUUCGACAUCAGAUUUAACACGUCCAGCGACUGUAGCAUCACAAUCAACUACACCAUUACGCAAUAAGAAAGAAUGGAAAAAUACAAAUAAUCGUCUGUCGGGUAUACCUGUUGCUACACAUUAUGUGUCUGAUAAAUCAGCUAAAUUGUAUAAUCCAAAAUCAGAGCAAAAACAACAGCGUCCAUUGAGUUUAUCUUUUGAUGAUAAACAUGAUCCAAAUGAUUUUCAUUUUGCUGCUGCAAAACGAUCAUCAGUUAAGAAUAAUAUUAAGAAUAAUAAUACGCGUCAUUCCGUAUUUGAUCCUGUUCCAUCGUCUUUAUUCGCUUUCACAGAUAAUCUAAAGUCGACACCACUAGCAGAUUCUUCGAUAGUGUUUGAUACUGAUAAUAAAAAACAUCGGCAAAACAACACAAAUGAAGAACCGCAAGCAUUUAUACGAAAAGGUACAAAAACGACUUCACCCUCGUUAUCUCCGCGUUCAAAUGUUGAUCUGGCAAACAGUAAUUCCAUAGUCGAUGAUUCAAGUAAAAGUUUAAGAAAUCAAAUUUAUUCGCCUAAUUCAAAGCUAAGAGCAUCUACGGUGAAUACACCACCGACACGAUACACGUUAGCGAAUGCACAAUCAGUCUCGCCAACUAUAAAAGAACAACGAGGGUUAUCAGAUGAUCAUAAUACGUUAACACGUUACUUAGUGUCAUACGAUUUUGAUUCAACAAAACCGUCUCCUUCGCCCAUAAGACCGACCACGGUUAUCGUCAAUAGUCUCGAAUCAUCGAAUAAAACUAUACCAUCUUUGACAGGUUCAACCAUCGUCUCCGGAGUAAAAUUUGUUACGCCCACUGUACGAACAACAACAUGGACCGACGAUCGAAAUAAUAAAAUUAAGAGUACAAACGGUAAUAACAUGUUUGAAAUACCAUCAUCAUCCAAGUAUACAGACGAAAUGAAUGAUAAAAAGAAUAAUUAUAAUACUAACACGAAUAACAGUAGUGAUUCUCCUGUUAAAAAAUUAGGUGAAUUAGGUAUUGAAACUAAUACUAGUAUUCCAACUCUAAGCUCUAAUACUACAACCAACACUAAUCGUCGAACUAACCCUACAACAGCUUCGAUAUUAUGCUCACUUACUCUACCUAAACGUGAUGGUUUACAAUUAUCAUCUAAUACGCCGAGAGAUUCAUGUAAAAAAUUUGAAGAUAACACGAAUAAUAGUCUAAUGCCAAUAAGAAUUCAGGAAUAA